AGUCAGUCGUCCAGCACCACACAAAACACCUUCGCCAUUCAACGAGCUAGCAGCAAGUUUUAAUUCCAUCAUCGUCGUCCAUCCAAACUCGAGCGAGUCAGUCAUCAUCGGAAUUUUUCAUUUUCUAUAGCAAGUUUUUAGUUUUGCACCUCGCGGGGCAUUAUCGGAAAUUGUUCGGACUUGAAAUAGUGAAUGUGAUUUGUGAUAAAACGGGAUGUGGUGAAAGAAUUUGAGUGGUUCAGAGUUCCUCGGAGGUUCCGCUGUUGUGUUUGUGGUGGGCAUACACGUGUACGUGUGUGUGCGUACGUGCGCGUGUUUGCAUUGCAUUGCAGAAACCCUCCUCAAAAUAAAAAAGAGAAAAAGAUUUGUGAAAUCAUUCGUCGUCGGAUUAGAUCCGGGGCAGCAGCCGGAGAGCACCAGCACCAGAGAUGGCCACCAAGCCCCAGACCCUGAGCAAUGAGGGUGAUGAAUUGGCCGAGCUGCGGAUCGAAAUCGAGCGGCUAACGCGGGAACUUGAUCAGGUCAAAAACGCAAACCACGAUGCGGCCGAGUAUGGUCUCGGGCUUCUGGCGGAAAAAAAUGCCCUGGACGUCAAGUGCGAGGAGCUGGAAGCGCUCUACGAGAACGCCAAACACGAGCUGGAUAUCACCCAGGAGGCUUUGCAAAAGUUUCAAAAAACACAACAGGUUACCACCAAAUCGGGCAUCGAACAGGAAGAUGCUUUGCUCAAUGAGUCAGCCGCGAUAGAGACGUCGCUCAAUUUGCAAAUACUGGAGCUUGAAGGUGAAACCAAACAGUUGCGGCAUGAGCUGGAACGGGUCACAAAUGAGCGGGACCGGAUGCUGCAGGAAAACUCGGAAAUCGGCCGGGACAAAUCCGGAGCCGAGGCGGAACGGGCCCGGUUGAAGGCCGAACUCAAGGACAUGAAAUACAGGGAAACCCGGAUGCUGAGCGACUACAGCGAACUGGAGGAGGAAAACAUCACCCUGCAGAAACAGGUCGCCAGCUUGCGGAGUUCACAGGUGGAAUUUGAAGGUGCCAAACAUGAAAUCAGGAGACUCACCGAAGAAAUCGAGCUGCUCAACUCGCAGGUUGAGGAGCUCGGCAGUCUGAAGAAGAUUGCCGAGAAGCAGAUGGAAGAUGCGUUGACUGCGCUGCAGAUCGAGCGCGAAACAAAGUAUGCCCUGAAGAAAGAGCUUGAUACACAUAUCAAUCGAGAAUCGAUGUACAACAUUAGCAAUCUGGCAAUCAGUAUACGGGGAAUGGAGGAAAGCACGCUCAACAGUAGUGAUUGCGAAGAUGAAAUGCCUACGCUCAAGGACUCCACCCUCAAGCGCCUGGAAACGCUGGAAGCGGAAACGGCCGAUCUCAAAUCGCCGGACGGCACCAAGGUGGAUCUGUUCUCGGAAAUCCAUCUGAACGAGCUGAAGAAACUCGAGAAGCAGCUGGAAACAAUCGAAAGCGAGAAAAAUUGCCUUACCGCCAACCUCCGGGAUGCUCAGCAAAAUCUGGACAAGAGCCAGAACGAGCUGCAGAACUUCAUGGCUCGGUUGAUGCUCCUGGCAGCUCACGUCGAUGCCCUCCAGAAUUUGAAGAAACAGAUCCAGGCUGAGGACAAAUUUGCUAAUGUUUCGAACAACAAAGACAAAAUUAUGACGGACAAGUUGAACGAAGCAAUUCUGCAGUACUCGAACUGGUUCACGCUCAGUGCCAAGGAAAUCGAUACGCUGAAGGCAGAUCUGGUCGAACUGCAGAAGGGUCUCAACUGCUCAGACGCUAUGGCUGUGUUGCGUAAUGAAAUUACCAACCUCAAGAAUAAGCUGUUGUCGUCAGAACAAAAAUCCUUGGACCUUCACAGUGACGUUCAAGUUCUAACCAACCUGUCUUCAAGCGCUGGACAGAGUUUGAACCUCACUCGUAGCAAUCUGGUUGCCCUCAGCGACGAUCUCGCUCAGUUGUACCAUCUGGUAUGUACCGUCAACGGAGAAACGCCUAACCGAGUGCUACUGGAUCAUAAGAACGAUGACUUGAGUUUCGACAACGACUCUCUGUCGGCCAUCCAGUCGCAACUUAAAUCUGACAUCCUCACCUCCCGACCGCACGUAUUCGAAGAUCUGCAGGCCCUGAGUGAUGCGGUCGAGAUCAAGAAAUACGUGGACACCAUCAGCGAUCAGAUCAAGUACCUCAAGACAGCGGUCGAGCAUACGAUCGACCUGAACAAAGACAAAGUUUCGGAGGGCACGACGGUGGCAGUCGGUGGCGAUAAGGAAGCCAAGGAGGAGAUUGCCGACCUGCACGAACAGAUCAUCAAGCUCAAGAGCCUGCUGUCCACCAAGCGGGAACAGAUCGCUACUCUGCGUACGGUGCUGAAGUCCAACAAGAACACGGCCGAGGUUGCACUGACCAACCUGAAGUCCAAGUACGAAAACGAAAAGCUGGUGGUGAGCGACACCAUGUCCAAGCUGCGGAACGAGCUGCGGGUCCUCAAGGAAGAUGCUGCUACUUUCUCGAGUCUACGAGCGAUGUUCGCUGCUCGUUGCGAGGAGUACGUAACGACGGUCGAUGAACUGAACCAUCAGCUGUCGGCGGCCGAAGAAGAGAAAAAGACUCUGAACCAGCUGCUCCGAUUGGCCGUGCAACAGAAGCUGAGCCUUACCCAGAAACUGGAGGAGCUGGAGAUGGAUCGUGAAAUGCGCCACGCCCGACGACCGGCCAUGCCAGCCCGCGGCGGUGGAAAGUCGGCCUUCUCCCGGGGAGUCCCGGCCCGCAGCAGCAACCAAAAUCCGAACAACAGCAGCAGCAACAACUCGAACCAGGCCUUCUUCUAACAUAAGGUCAGCGUGCAGCGUAAGCUCCUGGCCUUCAUCUACACCCUGCUGAAAAUGUAAAUCGCUGAUCUGGUAGUCUGGUUGCACCGCUUCAACAUCAUCAUCAGACACACGUUCACGUUCAUCUGUGGAACCGCUCUGAUUUCACCCGUUUUUGCUCCGAUUAUUGUGUUUUGUUUGAUCUAUACCUGUUAAUAUCGGUGUAUUACCAAAGUGUUUCGUGAAAAUGGGUACAAUUUCUUCCAUCCAACCGCGCACAUAGAGCUGUUCGCACUUUUGCGGCAGCGUCAGGCGGAAUGCUCACCGUAAUCUACUUUGUACCAUACACUAACACGGAAGCACGUAGACAUAUGAUUGUGUGAACCAGCAGCGUAUAUUUUUAGGACAAGGGAUAAAAGAUUCCUCUAAGCAAGGACCGAACGCUGAUUUGGAAUUUCCAAACCUGUCAGAUCGCCGCUAAACCCGAAACUGGGUCCUUAACUUAGCCCAAUUUGGUCCAGUGUUCGGGAAAAAGAUAACAUAGACCGUAAGUUGAAUGUGAGUAUGAAAGUAUAUCGUUAAUUUAUUUUGAUAAGACUAUAUAAAUAUACAUAAGGACUACAACUUGAAUGUGGCGACGAUGAGGAGAAGACGAAAGUUGGAAUGUUGAGUGUCAAUGUUUGAGAGAAUUUCUGACGAAGAAAUUGUACGCGAAAGGGCAGCAAAAACUGUACAUGUUUUUAUUUAACCGUUUCUUGAGCAUUCUUGGAACAGAAUCAACUAUUGUAGAAUCAUAUUUCGAUAGACCAAACUAAACAAAUUAUUGUCAAACAAUACUGUUAUUGAUGCAAUUGGAACAGAUUUAUUUUUUUUUUUCAAUAGGAAAGUUUUUUUUAUAAAUUGUUAUCAAAUAUACUUUAUGAUUUCCUUUACAAAUGUAGCAUUUGCGUUUAUUUUAAAUUGAAUAAAAUAUUAUUUGGUGAAAUUAUCGAUGGUGUUAACAUUUUUGUAGCAUUUGCUCACUUAAUACAAAAAAAAAAGAUCCUAUGUUGACGUUGGACCACAUCUAUCUUAGAAUUUAGAAAAAGCAGAAAAAUUGAACAAAAGCUAGCUUACGAUUGCAAGCUUAUCUAGAGAACUCUUUUUGGAAACACUAUUUUACAAAUCUGGAUUUGUAAUUACGCCAAGUUUUGUAUUCCGUAGCGCUGAAAGGCAGACUUUUUUGAAUUGAAGUCUACAUUGACAUCUGCUUUUGUGCAACAGCUAACACAAAAUGGUGGCAUAAUCUACACACUUACGUAAAGCAUCAUGAGCAAUGGAUUAGGUUUUCUUGGCUCAAGUAGUUGAUAUAGAAGUAGCUAAUAUAGUGGCACUAAUCAUCGUAGAUGCAGGACUAAAAUAAUAGGAAUAAGUUUUCAAAUUCUUUAAUGUAUCUCUCCAACAACUAUGGUAUCACGUAGUCUGAUUGGGGCUUAAUAUUUCACACAAGAACGUUGAAGCUUUGAAAAUUUAUCCAUAUUAUUGAAAAUCCAAGCAUAUAGAGUUUAUUAUCGGUAUGCUGGACUUGCAUUUGAUGUGUUUUGAAGAACACGAAGCAAUCAAUACCACGACAAAAGCAGUAAUCUAUGCUCUUUCAAAUCCUCCUUGGAAAUAAAAUACGCGCUUUUGAAAUAUUAGUUAUUGCCAGAAGCUUAUUAGAGGAGCUUGUCUAUCUAAAUCGAUAAAUUUUACCCUUCUUCCACUUCGAUUGAGUUUUGAUUUAUUUAGUUUUCAAUUGUCAAUAGUAACAAAUCAAUGUUGAUAUUUUCAAAAUGAAAUGUAUUCGAAAAAAAAUGUUGCAAACAUCACAAUUCUGUCCUUACUUUUAAGAUAUAUGAACCAAAAGCAAAAACGUAUUUUUACUAUCGAUCAAUGUUUAUUAAGUGAAAUUAAUCAAAAGCGUCCAGAACAAAAGUAAUCAUAUAAAAAAGCAAAAUCAAUAUGAAAACAAUUUUUUCCUUAUCAUAAUCUAAAAAUGGGCAACAACCACACAGAAACAGUUCAUGUGAAUGUUUUGAGUAGAAAACAAUAAACGAAUAUCAGAAAAAAAACGAAAAAUUAAGCCGAGCCACUUAUUAACAACACAAAAGCUAUCCCUGAAGAUCGAAUAUGAUUGCCAACCUACAAACAAA